CAUAAUAGUUUUACUACUUGAUAUAUUCCUCUUGAAAUCACGAGAAGAUGAAUGUCAGUGAUAGAAGAAGGCUUUUGGGGCCAUUAAAUGCCAAGCUCCCGGUUUCUGCUGUAGGUUCCGAGGAUGUAAAGAUCAGUACAAAGGCAAAUGAUGAAAUCAGAAAAAUGUUCUUAAAGACUGGUUUAGUUGGUAAUGCUAAUGGAUCCGCAUACUUGGAAGUUGAUGAUACAAUUAUUGAAGUGUCUGUAUUUGGACCCAGACCUAUUAAGGGGUCCUUCAUCGACAGAGCAUCGUUUUCUGUAGAAUGCAAGUUUUUGCCAUAUAUACCUCAACCAAAUGAAGUUACAUUCAAUGGUAGCUCAACAACUUUUAAUAAUAAUGGUAAGCCAGGUUUAUCCAAUAUUGAACAAAAGAUCUCGUCAUAUCUUGAAACUUCUUUGUUAGCAUCGAUCUUACUUGAAAAAUACCCUAAAUCUACAAUUGAUGUUUUUGUCACCAUAAUAUCAACAAACUCUACAUCCCAAUCAAAUACUUCGUUACUUCAUUUAUGUAACUGGAUAGUAAACUGUUCUUCUUUGGCCUUGGUUGACUCAGGGAUCGAAUUAAAGGACAUAGUGACCAGUGGUCAAGUACGUUUGAACUGUAAGACAAAUGAAUUAAUUCUUGAUCCUGAAUAUGAUGAUAACACUUCAGCAGCACAUGAUGAUGACAGUCUUGAUUGCGUGGUCAGUUUUAUGAAUAUGAGAAAUGAUGAUAUUGUUGGAUUUUGGAUUGAAGGAAAUCAAAAUGAAUUAGAUGAAGAUGUCACAAUGAAACUUAUUGAAGGUUGUAACACUAUGUCCAAGGCUGUUAGGAGCAACAUUAACUCAUACCUUGUGAAUCUUUUGCAAUAGACAUGUAUAUUAUAUUAAAAGCCAAUCGAUAAAUAACAUAAAUAAAACGUUACAUAUAAAUAUAUAUAUAAAAAAAAAUACAAGAGAAUUU